GUGAGCCGCUGGCGGCGGCAGCGGCCCUCGGGCAAGACAGAUGGGGUGAGAGACAGCGCCCGGUCCGGCUGUCAGCGCGGCCCCAGCCCCGCCGCGAGGGAGCCCCUCCUCCCCGCCGUGUGCGCCGCGCUCCCUCAGGGAACCAUGGCGUCCAGCGAGGAGGACGGAGGCGGCAACGGCGCGGUGGAGGAGAAGGAGAACGGCAAGAAGAAGAAGAAGCUGGGCGUCCUGGCCACGACAUGGCUCAUCUUCUACAACGUCGCCAUGACGGCGGGGUGGCUGGUAUUAGGUAUUGCCAUGGUGCGGUUUUAUAUACAGAAAGGAACACAUAGAGGCUUAUUCAGAAGCGUUCAAAAGACGCUUAAAUUUUUCCAGACAUUUGCUUUGCUUGAGGUAAUCCACUGUGCAGUUGGAAUAGUUCGCACAUCUGUGCUUGUGACUGGGGUCCAAGUGAGUUCAAGAAUCUUCAUGGUGUGGUUCAUUGCACACAGUAUAAAACAGAUCCAGAAUGAGGAGAGUGUUAUUCUUUUUCUGGUCGUAUGGACUGUGACAGAGAUUACUCGAUAUUCCUUCUACACAUUCAACCUGCUCAACCAUUUGCCAUACUUCAUUAAAUGGGCCAGAUACAACUUUUUUAUCAUUUUGUAUCCUGCUGGAGUUGCAGGUGAACUGCUAACCAUAUAUGCUGCUUUACCCUACGUGAAGAAAACAGGAAUGUUUUCACUGAGACUUCCCAACAAAUACAACGUCUCCUUUGACUACUAUUACUUCCUUAUUAUUGUCAUGUUCUCCUAUGUGCCAUUAUUUCCACAACUCUACUUCCACAUGCUGCGGCAGAGAAGAAGGGUGCUUCAUGGAGAAGUGAUUGUGGAAAAGGACGAUUGAAUCAAGCUGUGUAACCAUGGUGCUUUCAGUGGAAAGAAAAGAAGAGAGGGUAAAGACCCAAAACUUCCUCUGAUUUUAAACAUGGAACAAGAAUAAACAACUGUGCCUGUGCCUGUGGACUGUA